AUGCUGCAUCGCGUGCGUAGCCGUGCAAAAGAACUGAGCGCAGAGCAAUCUGUGGACCUCAAGUGGUUAGAUGGCAAGGCCCCAGCAGCUUUGCCAACCGGGACGGCGUUUGGGAUACCGUGGGCGCAGGGGGACAUUGAUAGGACUACACCGAUUUCAAUCGCUUCAAGUAACGGUCAGAAACUGCCGUUGCAGAGCUGGCCUUUGGCCUACUGGCCAGAUGGGAGUCUGAAGUGGACGGGACAUGCGUUGGCAGCUGGCACCGCUCCUGGAGAUAGUUUCUCUAUCUCUCAAGGGAGUCCGGCGGAACCAGCCUCCCCGGUUUCGGUCUCACAAAGCAAUACCUCGGUAACGGUGGUCACUGGACAGUUCUCGGUCACGUUUAACAAGAGCGGCGCAACCCUCAUUGACAGCAUUUCAUUGGGCGGGAAAAAGUUGGUUCAAGGCGGGAAGCUCGUCGUUUAUGUGCAGAAUGCACCAGAUGAGCCCGAGGCGGCGGCUCCAGGGCCCCCGAUUCAAAUCACGCAAGGAACGAUAGAGGCCGUCGUCAUUGAGCAGAAAGGCCCUGUGAGGGCAGUCAUCAAGGUCUCUGGAAAGUACUCUGGUGGAGGCCAUGCAGCAUUCUUGCCCUUCACUUUGCGGUUUUACGUCAGUGCUGGGGCUACUGCCAUUCGUACGGUGCACUUCUUUAUUUACGAUGGUGAUCAGUUCAAGGAUUUCAUCAAAGCAAUUGGACUUACAUUCACAACGCCUCUCACCGACGAACUCUACAAUCGCCAUGUCCGCUUCGUCACCGCUGACGGAGGCAUCUGGGGUGAACCGGUCCGCGUUCUUUCUGGUCUUCGCCGCGAUGCCACACCUGCUGUACUCACACCGCAGUUCAACGGCCAAGCGGUCCCGGAUAUUUCCACCUGGCCGACGACGGUGUCCUCCGAAGUCGACCAAUUGCCUGUAUGGUCUGAUUACACACUGGAUCAGCUAAGGCCGAAUGAUUUCACAGUUGCAAAGAGGAGUAGUGCUGGGAGAGCCGCGAGUUGGCUGGGAAAUGCUGGCCAUGGAACGAGGGCCGCCGGUGUGGGAUACGUCGGGGGUGCGCAGGGCGGUGGAGUGGCUUUCGGGCUCAAAGAUUUCUGGCAAGGCGCUCCCAGAGGCCUCGAUAUUCGAGGAGCUGGCAGCGAUGCCGCGACCGUGACAUUAUGGGCCUAUAGUCCGAGGGCUCCUGCGAUGGACUUGAGGCACUAUGAUACUGUUGCUCAUGGGCUUGACCUGACCUACGAAGAUGUCGGAGACCCAGAUCCUACUCCGAUCGGAGUCGGCCGCUCAUGGGAGGCGACUAUUCAGCUGUUUCCCUCCACGCCCUCGAGAGUUACUCUAGCCGGACUCGGGAACGUACAAACAAACCCCCCUCAACUCGUGGCCAGCCCUGAGUUCUAUGCCUCUCAAAAGCUCUUCGGCGGGCGAUGGAACGUACCGGAUAUGUCAACCAGUGGCUCAAGGGCAAUCGAAAAGCGCAAAAGCGACUUGCUUGAUUUCUACCUCCUAGACAUCGAACAAAGACAGUUCCACGGGUUCUGGGACUACGGCGAUGUGAUGCACACAUAUGACCAGACCAGACAUACAUGGAGGUAUGAUGUCGGAGGGUUUGCGUGGGAUAAUGGCGAACUUUCUACUGACCUUUGGCUUUGGAUGUCAUUUCUGCGAACUGGGCGAGCUGACGUAUUCCGUAUUGCCCAUGCAAUGACUCGGCACCUUUCUGAAGUCGACACUCACCACACUGGCCCAUUUGCUGGUCUUGGAAGUAGACACAACGUCAACCAUUGGGGUGAUGGGGCGAAGGAAGCUAGGGUUGCUGGAAGCACGUUGAGGCGGCCGUUUUACUACCUCACUGCGGACGAACUAAUGGGAGACCUUAUGGAUUUCACGCUUCAGGCCGACCAAACCAUUAUGACCUGGGAUCCCUUGCGAAAGGUGUUUCCUCCUCCCCCGCCAGAGGGCCCCGGGCGGCUGAGGAUUGGACCCGAUUGGACCACUCUAGCAGGAAAUUGGUUCACGAAAUGGGAAAGGACGAAUGACACAAAGUGGCUGGAGCGAAUCAAGAUUGGAAUGCGUGACAUUGGUGGCUUUAAAUUUGGACUCUUUACUGGCAACGGUGCUGCAGUAGGCUGGAAUGCUGAUACCGCCCAUUUGGUCGAUGAGGGCGGCGAAGGAUUAGGAUCCUAUCAUCUGACGAUGAUAUUCGGAGGGGGAGAACUUUUGAUGGAAGCUAUGGACUUGAUCAAAGACGAACCCGAGUUCGAUGCUGCUUGGUUGGACUUCUGUCGGUUGUAUAACGCCUCAAACGCAGACAAAACGGCUAGAUAUGGGAAGUCGUUCUCAAGUGGUGGCUUUACGCAGUACUAUGCCAAGUUGCAAGCCUACGCAGGCCAAAGGUUAAACGACGUUUCUAUCAAGCAAGCUGCGUGGAACUUUAUAAACACUAAUCAAGUUGGCGUCUGGGCUCCCGUUGUGGAUGUGGGAGGAACCGAUGUGAUUAAUCCUAUCAAAGAGAUCCCAAACCUCGCGACAAACGACGCAGGCCAACUCUCUUUAUCCGAAUACGCAGUCCUCGCCAUCGCCCCGGAAUUGGCCCCAAAUAGUUUGAGUGCAUUGUCAACCCAUUCUAUUUCUGAGACUAGCACGGUGGCGGAGGAUCCCAUUCACGAGAAGCAUACUAGAGGCGAUGUUCACCGCAAGACUGGAAUAAUGCGGUUCUGGAAGAAGUUCAUGUGUUUGUAA